AUGGACGGCCAUACGCCAGCCCCACAAACUUCUCAGGAUACAGCCCCUGCUACUUCGUCCGAAAUCGAUGCGUUGAAGAGCAGGAUGGAACAGCUGGAGAAUCACAUUGUGCGCCUGGUAGAUCUAGUCGAUACCAACGGUCUUUCGAUGAAAAGCUCUCCUACUUCCCACACAACCUAUCCCACUCCAUUUUCCAAUGGAUCUCCAACGGCUUCGCAGUCCAAGUCAACUGCUCUCGAUCGGACCUUCCUUGCACUCGACGAUCUGUCAAGGGGCUACACAGAAUCGCCAAGCGGUACACUCAGGAAUGAAUCAGCAGCAAGGUCGGACAUCUCACAAAUAGCCUGGCCCAGCGUUUUCCUCAGCAACAGCUUCCCCCAAACAUCGGCUCGGUCCACCCAGACUCUCUUUGACAUCGCCUCAGCUAUUCCAAAGCAGGAAACUGUAAACAUUUUAGUGGAUUAUCAUUUGAAAAACGAUGGGGCGUUCUGGCACUUUGUCCAAGAUAAUGUAUUUCGAGUCGAGCUCUCACAAUUCAGUCAAGUUCGCUUUACUCCCAGUCUCGUACUUGUAGACCCAGCAUGGCUUGCCCUGCUCGUUGCGAUGUUGAGGGUAUCCUUGCAAAGUCUUCUUCACGAGAAUGACCUGGUGACGGCCGCACUCAUCGGCGACAGAGGUACAAUCCAGCAGAUGGAUGGGAUGUUAGUAGAUGCGUUCGAUACUGCAACGCACGCGUCUAGAAUAUUUCACAAACCUCAAGUUAGGAUACUACAAGCAUUGCUCAUCUUGGAGAGCCCUCAGCAACAAGGUCGUUUUUUGAAUUCAAGGAUGGAUCACGGGAUAAUAUGGCAUGAUCUUGCUGUCAGUAUUCCCGAUCAGCAGCUUCCCUCCGAUCCUGCCUUUCCCCCUCACUCACCUCUCUACACCCGUGAAUGGUCAUCUCGACUGGCACACAACUUGCUAUUUGUAGAUAUGAUCGCGGAGGCAAUAGAAACGGAUAGGAGAGAUGGCGCUUCCAGCCAUUCCAUUCGCUUAGCAGCAGGCGAAGUCAUUACCCCUCGACCUAGAAAUUUUCGCGAUGAGGAUCUGUGGAGUCCAGGCGUUGUAACGCAACGUACCGAACCACACCCAUCUUUUGUCCUCACCGAAGUAUCUUGGCAGAUCCACGCUUUUCAAGUGGCUCAUUAUUGGAAGAUCAUCUCUGAGUUGAUCCGCGAUCCAUCGGCAAUGACGCCGGAGCUGGUCAAAUCCAUUGACAGUCAAAUACGGCAGGGGGAUUAUGAGCUACUUAGUCUUAGAGCCAGUCAUCAGCUCUCUCCAAUUCAAGACCUCCUAUUGGAGUCCUUUCAUGGAUCAUAUCAACAACGGGUACUUCGUCUACACCGACACUAUUUUAUGCGCAGUUACUCUGACCAAACCUACGAUUUCUCGCAAACCGCUGCACUCACGGCCGCUCGUGCCAUCAUCAAAGGUCAUAAGGAUGUCUUUGAGAAGAAGAAUAUGUAUUCCUUACGAUUCGCUAAUUUGGUGUUCUUCUCCCACCACAUGUCCGCGGCUGUACUGCUUUUCAUACACGGUUGUCUCAAUGCAUCCGCUCGACAAGGUAUGGAAAGUGAACUCAAGCGGUCUUUAGAUUUGUUCAAGCAAGCACAGCCACCUAACGGCACCGACGACCAAUCGUUUUGGCAUUUGAGUGUGGGACGGGGUAGACUAUUUAUCGAAGCGAUGCUGAAUACAUUAUCGAGCAAUCCUCCAACUGACUUAGGUAGUAUCGAAAACUAUAUGAUGGAACUGAAUCGACGAGAAGUCGAGCGACCAGCCGUCAAUCCCGCCUCACCAUCUCCUGAAGACCUGCAGCAAGUAUCUCUUCCAGCUUUGUUUGGCUUACUUGGUGGUACAACUCAGGGCGAUAUACAGGAUAAUGAUAUGUUGCAAAACCCGGCGCAGCUUGACUGGGAUAGCAUGUUCAUGGGGUUCUAA